AUGGCCACCUUUGUGAAUUGGUUGAAAAGUCCAGCUGGACGUCAAUAUUUCUUUAGUACUCAUUUCUGGGGACCAGUAGCAAAUUGGGGUUUACCUAUCGCUGCCUUUGCCGAUUUAUCCAAAGAUCCAGAAAUCAUCAGUGGUCCAAUGACUACAGCUCUUGGUGCUGUUUCGAUUUCUUUCAUGCGAUUUGCUUGGAAAGUUCAACCCAGGAAUUAUCUAUUAUUUGCUUGUCAUGCGGUUAAUUUGAGUUUACAGUCUAUACAAGGAGGAAGGUUUAUAAGUCAUUACAUGUUGGUCAUUCUCAUUUGCCAUGUUGAAUUUAUCGACAGAUCAUAG